UCUGGCCCAAAAAUAUAUAUACGUGGUGGAAAAUUCAACUUUCUGAAGCAAAUGGACUCUGCGUGGCAAAACAUGUGGAUGGCCUUCUCUCUCCAGUCGGAUAACGCACAAAUGGUGAAUGGAUUUUCACAGAGUCGCUGAACGAAUUGUUUACUCGCAGGAUCAUUAUGGCGUCCCUCCCUUUUGGCCGUUCAUGGCCUCUGCAAAAACUGUGUCUGAGCCCGCAGAAUCACAGAACCUUGGACGCCGUAUGCUGCUGCGCCGCCUCUACAGCUUCAACUCCGGACAACCUCGGCCGUGUCGGAGCUUCGGGCGGACCUCUAGAACCCAUCGUCGUCAACGGCCAUCCGCCGACUUUUGUCUCCGCCCCCGGCCGCCGUAUCAUCGCGGUUGGGGAUUUACAUGGAGAUCUUGAUAAAGCAAGGUAUGCUCUUCAGAUGGCUGGAGUCUUGAGUGCUGAUGGUCAGGAUUUAUGGGUUGGUGGACAAACGGUAUUGGUUCAGCUUGGAGAUAUUUUAGAUAGGGGUGAAAAUGAAGUUGCAAUUUUGUCAUUGUUGAAGUCAUUGGGUAUCCAGGCCAAAGUCAAUGGAGGUGCAGUUUUCCAGGUUAAUGGGAAUCAUGAAACCAUGAAUGUGGAAGGUGAUUUUCGAUAUGUUUAUUCGGGUGGAUUUGAUGAGUGUGCUGACUUCCUGGAACAUUUGGAAGUAUGUGGCCAUAACUGGGAAGAGGCGUUUGUGGGUUGGGUUGGAGUGUCUAAAAGAUGGAAAGAAGAUCGGCGCAAGUACUGGGAUCCUUGGGAUGUGAUGAAGAAGCAGAAAGGAGUGAUCUCAAGAUCAAUUCUGCUAAGACCAGGAGGUUCAUUGGCAUCUGAAUUGGCACAACAUUCAGUUGUUCUCAAAAUUAAUGACUGGAUAUUUUGCCAUGGUGGCCUUCUUCCUCAUCACGUUGAGUACGGCAUAGAGAGGAUGAACAGAGAAGUAUCUUAUUGGAUGAAAGGCCUUUGCACGGACGAUGAUUAUCCUCAGAUCCCCUUAGCCAUCAGAGGGUAUGACAGUGUAGUUUGGAGCCGUUUAUACUCGAGAGAGACGUCAGAUCUGCAAGAAUAUCAGAUUAAUCAGACCCAAUCUAUUCUUGGCCAGACACUUCAAGCACUAGGUGCGAAGGCAAUGGUAGUUGGUCACACUCCACAGGCUACUGGAGUAAAUUGCGAAUUCAACUGCAGUAUUUGGCGUAUUGAUGUGGGGAUGUCUAGUGGAGUACUUGAUUCAAGGCCUGAGGGAGAAAUCAUUGGUUCUUUGGAAAUUGCUUCUUUUGAUGCAAACUUUGGCAGCAGUGUUGAGCUCAUUCAUUCUGUUGAUGGUAACUUUUAUCAUGAAGUACUCGCAUGCAGUGCUGAGCUACAAUGAUUUAGAAACUUAUAUAUAUGUGAUUACAGAAUAACUUAUUUGUAGUUUACUGCUCAGUUUGGAUACAUUUGUUUUUGUUAUUGUAUAUAAUUUUUUACACAAUUUGAAAAGAUCAAAUGAUAGAUCCCAUCAAGCUUUUA